AUUUCCUAAAUCACUCAUGAUUAUUUCAGGAAUUUUCUUUGGGCCUGGUUAUAAAUAGUCAUGUUUUUCUCUCUUCUGACUCAAGUCAAUCAAUAAUCAGUCAGUCAGUCUCCUUGCCUCUUCCUCUUCUAUUCAGCGGUUUCCUCUAGAUCUGCUUGCCUACAUGUCCCAUUCCCACUUUUCAACCACUCUAUCCUCCUCCUCCUCCUCGUUUCUCUCUCCCCAAAUCCAAUCUUCUCUUCUUCUUCUUAUAUAGUAAUCUUCUGAGAGAAGAUUCAGGAGAUCAUCAGUAGUAGUAGUACUAGUUUUUUUUCUUUCUUUGUUUUGCUUUUGAGGUAUGGGUUUGGUUGUUGAUGAUAAAAGAAUUAACAAAACCAUCUAAAAAAUAAUCGGAGAAUAAUUAGACGACGGCGGCGGCGAUGGGAGGAGAGGUGGUUACUGAAGGAGGUGCGGAAGCACAAUAUGUGAAUGCAAAGACAUCAGUAUGGUGGGAUAUAGAGAAUUGUCAUGUGCCUAAAGGAUGUGAACCACAUGCGAUUGCACAGAAUAUAAGUUCUGCUCUUAUUAAGAUGAAUUAUUGUGGAGCGAUUUCUAUUUCUGCUUAUGGUGAUACUAAUCGGAUACCUAUGUCUGUUCAACAUGCUCUUUCCUCCACUGGAAUCACUCUCAAUCAUGUUCCUGCUGGUGUGAAGGAUGCUAGUGAUAAAAAGAUUCUUGUAGAUAUGUUGUUUUGGGCGGUGGACAAUCCUGCACCCGCAAAUUACUUGUUGAUAUCCGGUGAUCGGGAUUUCUCGAAUGCGCUCCAUCAAUUACGUUUAAGGAGGUACAAUAUUCUUAUAGCACAACCAAUGUGUGCGUCUGCACCACUUCUUGCUGCGGCAAAAAGUGUUUGGCUUUGGACAAGCCUUUUAGCAGGAGGACCCCCACUUAAAAGUGGGGAAGCAUCACAGUUGAUUAGUAAUGGGAAUAGCUUAGGGAACACGGAUACACACAAAAACAAUAGUUCUGAAGACCCCUUGCAGAUAAACGACCAUGUAGAUCAUUCAUCCGAAAACUUUUAUGCAGAAGACCAGAACUCUUUUAGGAAUGCUGGGGGUGUUGAUUACAAUAAAAAUAAAGGGAAACAAGUUAGGAGGAACCCUAGUCAGCCAAAUAUGUCUAGAACGUCUAGUGUCCCGGUUGGUGUACAGGAAGGUCACUAUAGUAAUGGAGGUUACCCCCAACGUGGAUAUCCACAGACAAAGCCACAUAAGGAAGCUCCUCAUGAGUUCUUCGGUGCUAAUAGGCCCAAAUCUUUUUCAAGUGGGUCUAUUCCCAAUGUCAGUCAACCUAAUUCGGUUCCAUCUCAUGGGUCUGUGCUCGGUUCCAAUCCAGCUAAUCCUGCUCCACACGAGUUCUACAGUGGUGUCAAUAAUCCUAGACCCUUCAUGAAUGGGCCUAUUCCCAGUUUUAAUCAAGCUAAUCAUAAUCCUAUUUGGAAUAACGGGAGCAACUAUCCCGGCAGUCACCAGCAUCAUUAUCCCCAACAACAAAGACCGAAUAACUUUCCAUAUCCUUCAAACUUUGGUCCCCCAAGUUUUCAUCCACAUGGUCCACAUCCAGUACCGCCUAGAAAUAAUGUACACACCAUUCCUUCAGGUCCUCCUACAAAUAUUCCUGAAUUUAAAUUAAGUAUUUCUGAAAACCGCAACAAUACACAGUAUCCUCCCACUGGCAUCCUGCCAGAGCUGAAAUCAAAUUCUAAGGUUGGUUCUGCAAACCCAAACAUGAAUGUACCACAUAUAUCUACGGUGCAGAACACCUCCAGUCAAGCCUCUGUCCCCUCAUCUUCUACUGCGACUGCUAACAGCCCUCCGGAGAAUAGCCCGUACGGGGUUACAGGAAAGCGAGUGUUUUCGGAAUAUGAACAAGGUCUUGCAGGGAUUGUUAUACUUGCUUUGGCUACCUUAGAAACGGACAAGAUGCAACCAACUGAAAUGAAUAUAACUGAUUGUAUUCGCCAUGGUGAUCUUAAACACAGUAAUAUAGACGUUAAGAAAGCCCUAGAUUCUGCUAUUGAGCAAGAGGUGGUUGAAAAACAGACUGCUGGUGCGUCACAAUAUUAUGUUCGUAAAGGUAAGAAGGUCUGGGGAUGCAUGAAUCCCCUAGGUGGCAGUCUCAAACAGUACCCGAAACCUUUAUGGGAUGGAAUCCAGAAAUUUCUUACAUCUCCUGACGGGCGGUCUAAAAUUAUGGCUACUCAAAGCAGAUAUGAAGCGGCCACUGUUCUAAAGAACGAGUGCUUGAAAGAUCUUGUUUUGGGUCAAAUUAUUCAAAUUUUGACUAUGUUAAUCAACGUCAAGAGGUGGAUUAUAACUCAUGCUUCAUCAGGUUGGCAGCCAGUUAGCAUCACUCUAAAAGAGACCAGCGCUGAUUCACAUCCCAAGACAACUCAGAUAUCAUUAAAUUGGAAGCCAGUUAAUAAUACCCCUAAAGGGACUAAUGGAGAAUCAACUCAAGUAUCAUUGAAUUGGCAGCCAGUUAAUACUACCCCUAAAGAGACUAACGGGGAACCAACUCAAGUAGCAUUGUGGCAGCCAGUUAAUAAUACCCCUAAAGAGACUAACGAGGAAUCAACUCCCAAGAUCGGGACUUGAUUCGGUUUGAUAUUACUACUAGCAAGGGACCUUGGAAGCAAAACAAAUUACUAUGGUACAUUUGACAUCUUAGGUGGGUCUCCUUGGAAAUUAAAUUUUAUAGUUUAUUUAGUCUAUUUAAAGUAGGAAGGAAUGUUCGGAGCGGUCAUCGUCUUUAUGUGGUGAAGCAAGGGAGCAGGUAUGCUGCACGUUUUAAAUAUCUGAAAGGGUGAAAACUUUGAACAGAGUAUACGAUACACAAGAAUGGAAAAGGUACAUUCUCCUUGGCACUAGAUAGUUCUCCAUUCUCGAAAUCUGAUCUAUCGACUUAUUUUAGGUCUGCAAAAGUGGGUUUUAGCCUGUAGUGCAGGAUUUUUUCAGAAUCAAGGACGUAUUGGUUUUAUCAUCAAAACUCAAACUCGUAAACUCUAUCCUGUAUAAUUUAUUAUCUCAUCUCUAACAUGUGAAAAAGGAUUACGCAAGGAAUUUCACUGAGUUAGUAAAUUAUAGCAAGAUGCGUCACUGAGGGAAGAAGGUUUUUUUCUGGUAUUCAAAUUAUGUCACUACUAAAAGAGAGAAGAUGAUGUUUCGAAGUUCAUUGUGCCAGAGGGAUAAAGUAAGUAGCAUGACGAAUUGUUUCUGUUACCAAGGGAAGAAGGUUUGUGCUGGUAUUUUAUCUAAGAGAAGAUGUUUUGAAGUUCAUGGAUUGUGCUGGGAGUCAGAGGAAGUAAGAAGGUGACAAACUAUUCUAAUCAUUGGGAUCUUUAAAAAUGGUGAUAAAAAAAGCAGUGCACAAGCGGCAUUGUCAACUAUCAUCUCAAGUAAUGGCAUUAUUAUUCGUGUAUGACUUGGCCAUUCUGAACCAAGAUUUUAUGUCUCUCUUGUUACUGUGGUUUAGUUAAUAUCUUUCUUCACGUAAAAAUAUUAGUAUAGCUGUGGUAUGUUGAGGCUAUGGAUUUCUUUUAUCGUUGAAUGAUUUAAGGCUUCAUGUAACGUGAAUAUUUGCUUGAUCUCUAUAUUUUGUGCUUGCCAA